CCCAGGUUUGUUGCUCAGGGGGAGUCUUCCGGCUUAGUAUGUCAUUUACGCCGAUCUUUAUAUGGCUUGAAACAAUCCCCUCGAGCUUAGUUUGGUCGCUUUAGUGCUGUUAUUUCUAAAUUUGGCAUGAUUCAGAGUGAAGCAGAUCAUUCAGUUUUCUUCCGUCAUUCUUCCUCCAUGACCUCCAUAUAUCUGGUUGUUUAUGUGGAUGAUAUUGUCAUUACUGGAGAUGAUCAUGAGGGAAUCACUCAGUUAAAACAGCACUUGUUUGAUCACUUUUAGACUAAGGAUAUGGGGAAGUUAAAAUAUUUCCUAGGAAUUGAAGUGGCACAAUCUAAUGCUGGGAUCUGUAUCUCACAGAGAAAAUAUGCUCUGGAUAUUCUUGAAGAAACUGGAAUGUUGGAUUCUAGACCUGUAGAUACACCAAUGGAUCCCAACACAAAACUUAGUCCAAAUCAAGGAGAACCUCUUGCAGAUCCUGGUAGAUAUCGCAGAUUAAUUGGCCGAUUGAAUUAUCUGACAGUCACUCGGCCAGAUAUUUCAUUUGCCACAAGUAUCCUAAGUCAGUUUCUUGACUCCCCAUGCGAUAGUCAUUGGGACGCAGCUGUUAGAGUCUUUAGAUAUAUCAAAGGUGCUCCAGGAAAAGGUUUGUUGUAUGAAGAUAAAGGACAUAACCAGAUUGUUGGGUAUACUGAUGCAGAUUGGGCAGGAUCUCCAUCUGAUAGACGUUCUACAUCUGGUUAUUGUGUUUUUAUUGGUGGAAACUUGAUAUCUUGGAAGAGUAAGAAGCAAAAUGUUGUAGCAAGAUCUAGUGCGGAAGCUGAAUAUAGAGCUAUGGCACUUGCCACAUGUGAACUUAUAUGGUUGAAGCAAUUAGUUAAGGAACUUAAGUUUUGUGAGCCGAGUAAGAUGGAACUGGUGUGCGAUAAUCAAGCUGCCUUACAUAUUGCUUCCAACCCUGUGUUUCAUGAACGGACCAAGCACAUAGAGAUUGAUUGCCAUUUCAUAAGGGAGAAGUUGCAAAGUGGGGAAAUAGUAACAGCCUUUGUCAACUCCAACGAUCAACUUGCAGAUAUUUUCACCAAAGCUCUCCGGGGUCCUCGGAUACAAUACAUAUGUAACAAGCUUGGUGCAUAUGAUUUAUAUGCUCCAGCUUGAGGGGGAGUGUUGAAUAUUAGAUUAAAUCUGUUUUGAUAUAGUUUCCAUCUUUAGAUAUCUGAUUCUGAUUGGAUCUCCUAGUAUUAAGGGAUCUGAUUCUAUCUCCUAGUAUUAAGGGAUCUCUGAUUCUAUCAUAUCUCCUAGUAUUAAGGGAUUUUAUUUCUGUACCUAUGUAUAUAUAUAUUGACACUGAGAGAUGAUUCUCUCAAGUGAAUUCAUCCAAAACACAAUCCUUGUCUCACUCCAUUCGUUUAUUUCAAGUAAGGCUAAGGGGGUUUUGUCUCUCUUAGAAUUCCAGGUAGUGAGUUAAAAAAGAUUAAUUUAAACAACAAAAGAACUAAACACUAAACAGAGAGUAUUUUUCAGAAACAAAAUUUGGGGGAAAGACAAAU